CGACCUUAACAGCAUACUUCAAGGUCAUAGAAAUCGACGAGAUGUAUUUCUUGAGGACGUUGAUACUAAUCAUCGCAGUCUUCACAUUAUCGUUCGCGUUUAAGUUAAAUGGAAAAUAUAUAGGCGUUUAUGAUAUGAAGGACGUAUUAAACUACAGCAGACAACAAUCACCUAAAGAUCCUGCAAUUAAUUCUUUCCCAACCGAACCAGUCCCUCCACUGAUUCCAAUUUGCGUGAAAAAAGGAUAUUUCAGAGAUCCAUUCAAUUGCAAGAAAGUUUAUUAUUGUACAGAUUCGAAAGCAGUUCCAACGGCUUUCUAUUGUGAAGAUGACUUGGUAUUUAACAUCUAUACUAAUUAUUGUGAUUAUCCACAAAAUGUGAUCUGUUGAUCGAAUAUCUAGGUAUAACGUUCGAAAUGUUUCUAUUGAUUCUAGUAUAUUGUUUUGAAAAUUGUAAAUGAUCUGUUACCUUCGUGUUAGUAUUAACAUCUAUUUAUAUUGUCGUUUAUGGUAAAUUAUCGUUGCGUCCAUUGUAAUAACUAAAAUAUCAUGAAAUGCAUUCUUAUAGGAUAUAUUAUGUAUGUAUAAAAUGUUACUUGAUUUACUUGUCUGAUACGAACGUAAGUUUGAAAUUAUAGAAGGAGAUGUAAAUAAAAUAGAAAAAAAUUCAACAA